ACUACCUCAGGCUCACAGACGCUACUCGUCUGAAGCAGUUGAAGCUCCGUGCGGAGCUCAGCUCACAGAACAGAAGCACACCAAGUCACCAAACAAACAGCGGCUGGAGGAGGAGGAAGCAGCGACCCAUUUGAGCCCACAUCCAGUGACCCACUCCGCGCCUCCACCUAGAGGAGACCUCAGAGUUUGUGAGGUCCUCCUUCCCCAUGGCGGCCAUGGCCAGGAGCAACAGCAGCAAUGGCCACGGCUACCACCACGAGGCGUCCACCACUUCCUCCUCCUCUUCCUCCACGUCGUUGGCUCGGGGGCGGAGAUCACUGGAGCAGCAGGUCCCCGGGACACCGGGGCGGCCGUUGCUGUUCCUCACCUCAUCCUCCUCGAGCCCGGCCCACCCCCAGCUCGUCUCCUCGAGGAGGUCAGUACCUUCCAAGUGGGAGGACGCGGAGAAGUGGCUGACGCAGUCGUCCGACCACCGCGGCCAUCACCAUGGCAAGGCGGCCUCCAAGCAGCACCACAUUGGAGGACCGGUGCCGGCAACGGCGAGGAGGACCUCACUAGACGCCAAUGCGCUUGCUUUGUACACACUACCUGCAGAGGUGCUCCUCAAAGACAAGUACACCGACAACGUGGAGCCGUCCAAAGAGAGCUUCGUGUUCCGGAGCUCCUACUGCGAGCCGGCCAAGAAUGGCGCUGCGGCGGUGACCUGCGGAGAUGAUGACUUCCACCGGAGGGACGUCGGCACGGAGAUGACGCCCCUGGGGAGCUCCCCGACCUCACGGUGCCACACGCCGGUCAAAAGCACCUCCCCGGCAAGGCACAACACGCCGACGGGCCGGUCGGGGCCCCUUGUGCCGUACAACAGCGGCAGUGGCAUGGACAUCUCGGAGCUGACGGACUGCCAUUUCGCCAAGCUGGACCUGGGCGCGCAGUUCGAUUCCAUGCUCGUCAACUGGAGCUCCAAGGAGGAGGAGGAAGAGGAGGUGUCCAAGAGCCUCAGGCACUUCGAGGCCAGCGCCGGCGACGGCGGCAGAGCCUGCGAUAAGCGGGUUGCCGCCGUCACCGAGUGCCGGUGGGAAGACGAUGAGAGAGCCAAGAGUUGCAUAAGGUAUCAGAGGGAAGAGGCAAAGAUUCAGGCCUGGAUUAACCUGGAGAGUGCCAAAGCUGAAGCACAAUCCAGAAAGCUAGAGGUGAAGAUUCAGAAGAUGCGAUCGAACCUGGAGGAGAAGCUGAUGAAGAGGAUGACGAGCGUGCACAGGCGCGGCGAGGAGUGGCGCGCGGCGGCGCAGGCGCAGCACCUGCAGCAGCUCCGGCGCGCCACCACGGAGCACCAGGCCCGGCGGGUGAAGACGAUCAGCCACCACCUCUCCGGGACCGGGAGCAAUGCGUCCUGCGGCUGCUUCCCCUGCAACAGUGACAACAUCAUCAGCGGCAACCUCCUCAACUAUUAGUUACUGUAGGUUAAUUACUGGAGUGCUGCCUAGUUUGACAUCACCAUGUUCCACCUCUCCGAUUAACGUUCUUCUUUCUCACGAUCAAGUUAUCACAGCUCUCCGAUUAACGGUCGAGAUAA